AUGAAUAGUGGUCAUAAAACUUGCAAGUUGAUUAUUGAUAGGUUCGCAAGCAUCAAAUUUGAUAAAGAAGUUGAACAUAAUAUUAUUAUCACACAGCAGCUAAUGAACGAAGUAGAAGCUAUAUUAAACCAUGUUGUGCAACCACUAAUUUUAGACAAAAAACCACAUAUAAUAAUGGUAGGUAAAAUCACAGCUAUAGCAGCAGCAGCAGCAGCAGCAGCAGCAGCAGCAGCAGCAGCAGCAGCAGCAGCAGCAGCAGCAGCAGCAGGAGCAGCAGCAGCAGCAGCAGCAGCAGGAGCAGCAGCAGCAGCAGCAGCAGGAGCAGCAGCAGCAGCAGCAGUACUGAUGAUCUCUAUGUCAUCAGCAAGUGUUGCUAUGAGGCGGCUCAGAGUUGCCGCUGCAGUUGGUACUGGUAAAAAGGAUGGUAUAGAAAGAUGUGAAACUAUGGACAGAGAAGAGAUUGACGUAAUUAAUGUUGAUGCAGGUGUUGAUGCAAUGAAGAUUAGAAUAGAACCUAGAUCAAUUUGCACAACCAAAUUAGUCACAGGUGUGGGUGUGCCACAAUUUUCUACAAUUCAAAGUAUUGCAAAAGCUAUUGCAGCUGGUGCUGAUUCUGUGAUGAUCGAUUCAAUUUUUACUGGUACUGAUGAAAGUCCAGUGUGA